CCUUACGCGACAAGACGUACCGGCCGCGGCUACGGGCAUUCCGCGAGAUCGUGAUCCGGUAGCGCGACUGGUUCCGUACAAUACACGUCAACACUCCAGAGAUAUUUUUUUUUUUUUCAAAAGCACUUUUCGAAUCCUUAAAUUAAAUACAAGUUUCUUCUUCGUUCCUGUCACUGACUGAUGGUUGAACAGGCAGAAUGUCGUCGGGUAGACAGCCGUCGGACGUGGUCAAAUGACAACUAGAAUAAAGUGUCUGGAGCGCUCAUGAGACAGUCGUGUCAUCGCCUGCUCGAACAUCAGCAAACAGGAGGGGACGAGCCCCCCCUAUACUCACCAAUCGAUCAAAUUUCAGUGGUACCUGAUCAUGUGGCCCGGCAGGGCGGAGGCAAGCUGACACGAUAUGCGACGACGGAGGAGGACGAAGCCACUCUCAGGGAGCUUCUACUUAGCCUUCAGAGACAGGUGAACGUGAUGAGCAUGAACCUGUCCGCAAAACUGGACGAGCUGCAGCGGGGCGACCGACAGCUGGAAACAACGGUCGCGCUCUGCGAGAUCAGGACUCAGCUCCAAGAGUUGACCAAGAGCGUGGAGUCAUGCCAGAGUGAAGUCUCCGAGGUCAAACGCGACAUGGUGGCCAUCAAGCAAGAGCUGGAUACGGUGCAACAGGUGAAGGAAGAGAUCGAAGAACUGCGAGAAUAUGUCGACAGACUUGAGGAGCACACUCAACGAAGAAAACUCAGGCUGCUCGAACAGGGCCUCACAUUCUUCCUGUCAUACGCUAUCCUAGCGGCGGUGUUGGGGAUGCUGCAAUUCGGAUACAACACCGGCGUAAUCAACGCUCCUAGCAAAAACAUCGCAAACUUCAUGAAGGACGUUUAUAAGAAGAGAUACGGCAUAGAUUUGCACGACGGCACCGUCAACUCAUUGUUCUCGAUAGCGGUCAGCAUCUUCGCUAUCGGGGGAAUGCUCGGGGGUUUCUCGGGUGGCAUGAUUGCCAACCGUUUCGGAAGGAAAGGAGGAUUAUUGCUCAAUAACAUUCUCGGUAUAAGCGGCGCGAGUCUCAUGGGCUUUACCAAGAUCUCACAUUGUUACGAAUUGCUCAUCUUCGGCAGAUUUAUUAUAGGUGUCAAUUGCGGUUUGAACACAUCCUUAGUGCCAAUGUACAUAUCGGAAAUCGCUCCGCUGAAUCUCAGAGGCGGUCUGGGAACUGUCAACCAACUAGCCGUUACCGUUGGUUUACUCAUAUCGCAGGUUCUAGGCAUCGAACAGAUUCUUGGUACAGACGAAGGAUGGCCGAUUUUACUAGGUCUUGCGAUAUGCCCAGCUAUAUUACAACUCCUCCUACUCCCGGCUUGCCCUGAAUCCCCUAGAUAUUUACUCAUCACCCGCCAAUGGGAAGAAGAAGCGAGGCGUGCCCUAAGGAGACUACGAGCUAGUAAUCAGGUCGAAGAGGAUAUUGAGGAAAUGAGAGCAGAAGAACGAGCACAGCAAGCAGAGGCUUCUAUUUCUAUGCGAGAAUUGCUCUGUUCUCCAACACUACGAGCCCCACUUUUGAUCGGAGUUGUCAUGCAGCUCUCCCAACAACUUAGCGGUAUCAAUGCGGUGUUCUACUACUCGACGUCUCUGUUCACCUCUUCGGGUUUGACGGAAGAAUCAGCAAAGUUCGCAACGAUGGGUAUAGGAGCGGUCAUGGUGGGGAUGACAUUGGUGUCCCUGCCCUUAAUGGACAGAACUGGACGUCGCACGCUGCAUCUCUACGGGCUCGGCGGAAUGUUCAUAUUCUCCAUUUUCAUCACGAUUUCCUUCUUGAUAAAGGAGUUCUUUGGCUAUGUGCAGGAAAUGAUCGACUGGAUGAGUUACUUGUCGGUGGUGUCGACGCUCAGCUUCGUGGUUUUCUUCGCGGUGGGCCCCGGCUCCAUACCCUGGCUCAUCACGGCGGAGCUCUUCUCUCAAGGACCACGACCUAGUGCUAUGGCUAUUGCUGUCUUAGUUAACUGGAUGGCCAAUUUCGUCGUCGGAAUCGGGUUCCCGAGCAUGAAGGCGCUGUUGGAAAACUACACGUUCCUACCAUUUAGUGCAUUCCUCGCAAUCUUUUGGAUAUUUACAUACAAAAAAGUUCCUGAAACUAAGAACAAGACCUUCGAAGAGAUAUUGGCAUUGUUCCGCAACACAAACGGCAGUGUCAGAGCAGUCGUCGGGUGGGGGGGAGGCGGGACGCCCCCCGCCGCCGCUUCCGCCGCCGCGGUUUCCUGUCACGGGCAACGUCUGACAAUGGGAGACCCCUGCGCGUGCGCCCCUAGUCGCGCCGCUCAAGGCCGCCGCCAGCUUCUUGUUUCGUGGACUCAAGCGCCAAACGGGAGGGCGCGCCUCUAUCACUACCACACAACAAAUGUUCUAAAUCAAUGUGAUUAGGUUAAUAAAACGAAAAUUAGUCUUUAAGUCACAGCGUAAAAUUAAUAUAAAAAUUUAGUCGGUCAUUUUAUGGCAUAAUUUAUGAGUGCAUAGGUACCAUGUAAAGUGCCAUCGGUUUCUUGUACCCAUUUCUUUGAUUAGUUCUUCGCGUAUUACUAAAUACUACUAAAAGGCGCGAACGUCAUCGAGCAAAAUAAGCGACAACCUAGGCGGUAUAUAGCUUCUGAUACUUUAUUCGAUCAAUAGUUAUCGAUAAAUUUCAACGACUUAGAUACACAAUGUUUAUAAACUAGUAGUGAAAUAUAAAUAUAUAUAUUCGGCAACGCUGCGGACGUUUAUCUGGUUACUUUUGUCAAUGAGGAGACGUGCAUUUCGAGAAUAUGUUCCGCACGUGUUAAUGCCAACUAUUUCUACGUAGACAUAAUAAAUUGUACAUAUUUGAAUGGGUACAGCGGUCGCACUGCCUGCCGGGGCGCGUGUCGGAUGCGAGCGUGACGUCACUGACAUGUAUAAAUGAAUACAAUGUAAAUACAUGCUGUGACUUUAUUGAGUGUUGAUUUUUUAAAUUAUAUUAUCAAAUUUAUUUUAUAAAUGUUUUUAUUCUCUUUUACUUAUAAUUAUGAUUGUUAUAUUAUAAAUAAUGUAAAAUUAUUGUCAUAUCUUAAAUGACCGAGGUUAUUAGUUGUUAUAAUUAUAUUAAAAAAAUUGUAAAGGUAAAUCGAUCGGGGAAUUGAUUAAGUUAAUAAAAAUAAAACGAUUUCAAUGAGAUUAAUACAAAAUGUAAUAAUGAAACCAAUUGACACGAUUUGCAGUGCUUCACCACCCCGCAUUUACUUUAUUUAAAAAGCAUAUUAUACAUAAUAUUUAUUAAGCAAUUAAGAAACGAAAAAUAAUUUUAUUAAAUUAUAUAUAUUAUUAUGUAUAUGUGUAUUUCCUGUGUUUUGUAAACAAACGAUAAAUAAAAGUGAAAACUUGUAAAUUCUACAAUUUUGCGGAGAACUUUUAAUGAUGUUUAAUGCUUUCGACCUAUACGCCCGUAGUGAAAUUUUUGAUUAUUCGUUAGUUAGGAGGGUUCAGUAGUUACAACAGGGUUGUAGUCAAUUUGUUCGUCCGUGUGUUCGAACACUGCUCAAUGUUAAGACUAGAUGGUUCCGUAGCAUUUGGUACAAAGAGCACGGCCUAAUAGGGAGGAAACGGGAAUUGAAAUGGAGUCGUUCACGGUGAAUGUAUCUGUCGCGUGUCGUUGUUACGAAGUGCUCAAAUGCGAGUGACACCCCUGAAGACCGGCGUCGCUCGCUCAAUCGAUAUCAUUGAAAAGUCUUCUAACACAUUAUGGUUGAGUGCGAUCAUAUUGUUUUCUCAUGGGAGCCGAAUGUUAGUGUGACUUUGUAAUGAAAAUUUUUUUUUUUUUUAGAUCUCUUCACUUUAAUUAGGAUGAUUAUAACGCUGUCGUAUAAAAUGUUUGUGAUUGCAUUCUCUUGGUACGUUGUAUCGUUGUCGAAAGGUAUUCAUUGUUACGUUUGUAGGCAAGGUAUAUUUAUCAUGUUCAAAUGUUUAUUCAGUAAAAUUUAGCAUCAGCACAUUCAAGUAAAUUACGCACAAAUUCUUUACGUUUAGAUUGUAAAAUGAAACGUUUCAUUAAAUACACAGUAAAUCGAAAUAACAGCAAUAACAAUAAAAGUGACAUGGGUUAAAUUUAAAAAAAAAUCGCAUUCCGUAAUAAAAUGUUCGACUUUAAUUAUGUAAAUCAAAAGAGCAUGAUGUACGUGUGUUGUGAAAUUCCAAAUUUGAAAUUCAAUAAGCCAAUGAAAAUUGUGCCCUACACUGCCAUCUAUCGAUGUAUUAAGAGGAAUAUAAAGUUGUCUAUGGGUUAAAAAAGGGAGAAUAUAAAGUUAGUAACUAAACAACGUUAUAAGACUUUUAGUAGUAAGAGACGAUGAUUUUUUUAAAGCAAUACGCAUUCGCUUCUGAAUUCAGACACAACAGGUACAUUGUAUUCCAGACGGUACAAAUAAACGCUGUGUUGUAAAUAUAAUCAAAACGCGUGUUCUGAUUAUUAUUUCUAAUAUGCGUAUUAUUUUGGUAAUAAUAAUGCAACACUAAGUUUCAUUAGUGAAUUGUCUCAAUUGAGAAUUAUAACUGUAGACGUAAGGCCGUACAAAACAUUAAUUUCUUUUAUAAUUUUGUGUAAGUUUUAUCCAUUAGUUUAGUAAAAAAAAAUAGUAUCGGAUUAUUUUUUGCCGGUAAUAUUAAAAUCUUCAAACACGUGGUUAUUGUUAGCCAUACUAAAGUGAAAAUAGUGAUUUUUGUGUAAGACAAUUUCCGUUGAUCAUUUAUUUGCACAUACGUUGCAAUAACGUCAUUUAUGCAAAUUAUGUAUUUUUUCAGGAGAAAUGUUGGAAAAUUCAACAUCUUACUAUAUAAUACUUAUAUAGUUCUGCUAGGCUAUAGAAAUAAAAUGAUAAUAUUUAAACUACAACUUUAAACUUCAUCAAUAACAGCAUACAUCUCGAUGGUCUCAUUAAUCUAUAUAUAUAUAAAAAUGAAUUGAUGUUCGUUAGUCUCGCUAAAACUCGAGAACGGCUGGACCGAUUUGGCAAA